AUGUGGUCUUAUUUUGUUUUCGAGAUAUUCCGCAACUGCCCAUCUCAGACUCAGCGAAGGCAAUACUUAGUCAUCGGCUCCAAAUCAAUUUCAAUAACCCAUUUACGAAUUCUCUCAUCAUCAAAGGACCAGAGAACCAAAAUAGGAGACCUCAACAGACUGACCGACUUGAACAAACAGCUCACCGGCAAGAAAAGGCCUGGGCAGCACCAGCACCAGCCGCAGCAACAGCAGGAGCUGUGCCAGACAGCGGGUAGCAAACAGGAAUGGGCAAACAUCGGUUCGGAGACCAAGAGGGCCAUUGCUGACUACCAGGCCGACCAGGCCGCCGGCAAGAGCCCUGGCUACACCAAGAUCGGGGGCGUCGUCGAGACGGCAUUCUCUGCUUACAACGGCGGCGGCGAUGACAGCAUUAGGAUUGGGAAGAAGGGGGGUCUUGCGGAUAUCGGUAAAGAAAUCAGUGCUGGUUUCAACAUUUGA